AUGGACUACCCAACAAAUGUGCUAUUGCUGCUGCUGCAACUAAUACUACAACGACAACAGGCAUUGGUCCACCAGGACAAAUCCCUGGACCUUGCAGCGCUCCUAAAGGAACCCAUCGUGGACAAGGAAGUGCUAACACAAUUCCAGAAUCACAAACUGGUCAAAAUGUAUGCACCAGAGCUUUGUAAUGUGCAUUUGAGACUCCUAAAGAGCCUCGUUGCAGACAUAUUUAUGACUGGCACCCCAGGCGACGAAACGCACGAUGACACAACAGUUAUAACGCUCGCAAACUACUAUUACAACCAGCGGAUCGAAGAAUUGACGCAGGAUCAACUACCAAGAAUACGGCAUGAGAUAGCGGAACUGCUAAACCCAUAA